CAUUUACAGAAACAAUAAUAAGUUGGUGUAUCAAUCCUUGGAUUAUAUCUGUAAAAAUAAGAAUGGCUAUAUUAAGGAUCAUUCAUGAUUAUAUUUCAGAUAUAAUGGCAUUUUAUUAUCCAUCCAUGUUUAAUAAUUUAAGUAAUCUUUGUUUUUCAGAUCAG